UAAUAUAAAAGCAGUAGUCUGUGAAAGACCGUCUCGUUUGUUACAUUAACACGUUCCAACGCAUAUCUUCAAAAUGUCCACGUAUAAAUUGAUUUAUUUCAAUAUUCCUGGUCUUGCCGAACCAAUUAGAUUUCUUCUUCAUCAAAGUGGAAUUAAAUUUGAAGAUAAAAGAAUUGAUAUCGAAGAAUGGCCCAAGAUUAAAUCUGAAAUGCCACUUGGACAAGUACCUAUUUUGGAAAUCGAUGGUAAAGUUUAUUAUCAAUCGAAGGCUAUUUCUCGCUUGAUCGCUAAGAGAAAUAAUUUUUACGGUUCCAAUGAUGAAGAAGCUUUCCUUGUUGAUGCUACUGUUGAGACUAUAGACGAUUUAAGACAACCAAUUACUCAACAUUAUUGGGAAAAGGAUCAUGCAUUCAAGGCAAAAUUGAAAAUCAAUGUUGAUACCAAAGUUCCCUUGCUUCUGAACAAAUUAGAAGAACAAGUAAAGAAGAACAAAGGAUAUUUUGUUAAUGGAAAGUUGACGUGGGCAGAUCUUUUCUACGCAGCAAUAGAGGAAUCUUUGACCGACAUGCUUGGAUACGAUUUGAAUAAAGAUCAUCCUGAACUGAAGAAGUUGUCUGAAAAAAUAAAAUCAUUACCCAACAUCAAAACAUAUUUGAAGAAUCGACCCAAAUCUAUGGUCAUACCUUAAAUGUUAUGAUUUUUUGCAUAUAUUAU